CAGGAUCCUCUUUGGCACCGUGUGCACAGUGUGGAAGAGGACAUUCAGGACCUUGUUUGAUGGGGUCAGGAGUAUGCUUCAGGUGUGGCCAACCGGGCCACUUUGCUAGAGACUGCCCCGUUUUCAGUGAGCCACAGAUGGGGUCACAGGGUUCUGUUGCAAAUGUUCCUCGACAAUUGUAUCCGGGUGCUUCCAACAUGGCAGGCAGUCAGUUCAGUGGCCAACAGGGCCGAGGACAAGGGGGACGUGGAAUUGGAGGCAGAUCAGGAGGUAGAAGUCAGUAUCAGGGUUCUGCCACUCAGGGUAGGGGACAAGCUCGAGUUUUCACCCUGACCCACCAGGAUGCUCAAGCUUCAAAUGCAGUUGUGGCAGGUGAGCCGGGACAGCCUUCUUCCUCCGCCCAGCCGCCACAGUAAUUUGUCGUCAAGUCUGCCACAGGAGGAUAUUUUGUUCUGGGUUAACCUGCUUUUCUACCUCGCAGGUUGUUUAUCAAUAUUGUGUAAUUUUAAUUACUCCUAGAAUUUCAGCAUGUGUUAGCAGUAUUUAUUUGAAUUUGGUCUGUAAUAUUUUUAUCAUGUUGGACCUGUAAACUUAAACAUGUUAUGCAUGUUGAUGGAUUGGAUGAGGGAGCUGAGCUCCCAUUUAUUUUA